AUGUUUGAUUGUGGUCGAACGCUAUUUGAAUGUGUCAGAGAUCAAGUCCCAUAUGCAAUCGAAUACCUCAACGCAGAUCAAACCAGGGACGUCUUCCCGGGUAUCGAAUCGUUCGUUAUGCACACCAUCAAAUCUGUUUUCAAUCGCACAUUCCCCUCGCUACUUUUCAUCAAAGGCUAUUAUAAGAGUCAUAACAGUAUCUAUUUUGUGAGUACUUCACUUGAGCCGAAGUCAGAUACGCAUCGUAGAUUGCUUCAUUCAGGGUGUCAUUCAACCGCUUGGGAAGUCACCUACCUGCAGAGUCUUUUAGAAGUCGCUGAG